UCUACCUAGAUAUGAGAAGCACAUGGAAAUGUGAGAACUUAAAGAGGCCUAUGAAUAAGGUACAAUUCGAAUCGAGUGAUUGAAAUCAUCCACGUGAUAGAGUCUAGAAUUAAAGUUGUUCGAUUUCGAUUCGGCGCUCGAUUCGCCCCAGAUGCAGCCAGCCCAGCCACGCCAUGCUACAGUACCGCAAAUAAGCCUAAAAUCAGCCUUCUGCUUCAGUGCAGCUUUCCAAGCCCCAAGUCACUCACUCGCUCUGUCUUCCUCACCAUAACGUAGCCGCAGCAGGCUGCAGAGCAUGUCAUCGAUUCUGCGCCUCACCUGCACACCGAAACUUCGAUCCUACUACGUACCUUCUACACUUUCGUCUCUGUUCUCUUCGUUGUGAAUACUUUAAAUUGCUAUUUGUUGUUUCUGUCUCACUCUGAACCACUUGCGUCACAAAAUCGGAGCCACUUGACCCUGAAUCAGAAACAUAAUCACAAGACCCCAGGGAAAGAUAGAAAGGAGAGAAGGAAGGGAACGAACUACGCCUUCGGUGCUACGACUACGAGAGAGGAUUUGGUGCUCCGAAAAGGACAACACGCCGACUUUGCAUACUGGUUGAUUGUUGGAGGCUGUCUGCCAGAGAAAGGAAAUACGAGAGAGAAAGCAAGAUUUUGGAGGCGACACGGACGAGGCAAUACACUCCUGGAAAGAGAACGAGAUUAAAUGCUCCCCCCUCCAGGCUUCGAGGCCUCACUCGACAACAAUGCAACACCAACCAGCGCCCUUCUCUCCUCUGCAAUAACCACCGCCAUCCACCUCGGCGUCUCAAUCCCAACCCUCACCUCCCUCGCCCUCACCACCUCCCUCCCCUCCAGCUCACCACUUCCCUCCUCCUCUCCCUCAACAUCUACAUCAACAACGUCGAGCUCCUCUCCCCACGAGCCUCCCGAAAAGAACGGCCAAUGCGAACUCUUCGGCUCCUUCGCAAUCCUCAUCCAAGGCUCCUUAGGUCUCUGCGCCCUCCUCGCCCUAGUCUACAAGCGAUGGCGGGAACGGCCACAGAGACCCGUCAAGAUAUGGUUCUUCGACGUCAGUAAACAGGUGUUUGGGAGUGUGUUGGUGCAUAUUGCGAACUUGUUGAUGAGCAUGCUGUCGAGUGGACAGUUUGAUAUCAGGCUGGAUGCGACUAGUGUUGUGACAAAGAGGAUGGUUGAUGACAAGGGGAAUUAUAGUCCGAACCCGUGUAGUUUCUAUUUGCUGAACUUGGCGAUCGAUACCACAGUCGGCAUCCCCAUCCUCAUCUUCCUCCUCCGCAUCCUCACCUCCCUCUUCCUAUACACGCCCCUCGGCAACCCACCGGAAUCCAUCUCCUCAGGCAACUACGGCACCCCCCCGCGCGCAUGGUGGUGGUUCAAGCAAUCGAUCAUCUACUUCAUGGGCCUGAUGGGCAUGAAGAUCUGCGUGCUCAUCAUCUUCCUCGUCGCGCCGUGGAUCUCGCGCGUGGGCGACUGGGCGCUCCGCUGGACCGAGGGCGACGAGGCCCUGCAGGUUAUCUUUGUGAUGCUUGUUUUUCCCGUCAUUAUGAAUGCCACCCAGUAUUAUAUCAUUGAUUCGUUUAUUAAGAAUCAGAAACCUGAGGGCCAUGAGAGGAUUCCUGAUGGGGAUAGUGAGGCUGGUGAGGAUGAUGAUGUUGAUGAUGACGCUGAGCGUGGACUUGGAGGUAGAGGUGGAGGUGGGCAUGAGCCGUAUGUGGAGGGGAGUAGUGAGGGGAUGGACUCGGGUGAUGAGGAUGACGAUGAUGCGGAGAUUAAGGCGAAGGCUAAGGUCGAGGAGGUGAGGAGGAAGAAUGCGAAGGGUACGAGUAGCAGGAGGAGUCCUAAGGCGUUGAAGAUGGCGCAUAAGGAUUAUGAUCCGCUGUUUGAUGGGGAGAAUAGCCCUACUGUGGUAGGCAGCGCGAGUACGAGCGAGAGGGAUAAGUUACCGCCUAAGGAGGCGGAGAGUGAUGACAAGGAGCAAGUAAGGGGAGCGAGGAGGUAG